AAUUCCACUCGGCUGUUGAACGCGUUCUGAUAUUGUUAUCCAAUAACUCGUGGACAUUGCGUCAUGCACUUAUAUUGUGCCCGUUGCCGGUGUGUUCGGUGCACGUGCUGACUGUAGUACACAUUACGCGUACAAUAUACCGUUGAUAAUAUUUUGAAUAUAACCGUUCCGAGGCUAACCGAGGUGAACAGUAGGCAGUACAUAGCCAGUGGUCGUCGGUCACGAACAUAAUUCAGUGAAAAGUCGGCAGUUACCUACCGAUACUCGUAGAGUCAAUAUAAGCACAAUAUUAUUGUCAUCACUGCUUCAAAAGAUUUCUACGCUUCGUCGACAUGCAAGAUUCUACUGCAGCGGUCAAUACGAAAAUGUUCCUUUUGGACGGUAGUUUUGUCAGUGGAAUUUUGCCGUAUACGGACUACGACACUGUCGCGAAACAUCCACUUUGGGGGUCGAAUUUACUGUUCACCGACGAAGAAGCUGUUGUUAAUGGUCACAAAGACUAUAUCAAAGCUGGAGCGGAAUUUCUGACCACAAACACAUACCAGGCCAGUAUCGAAGGCUUUCAGAAAUACUUGAACUUAAACUUUGAUCAGAGCUUUCAGUUGAUUAAAAAAUCUGUCGCGAUUUGUCGCCGAGCAAUAAUGGAAGAAAAUUCUGGGCGAACAGUUCGAAUAAUGGGAUCAGUUGGUCCGUACGGUGCUUCACUGUGUGAUGGUUCCGAGUACAAUGGCAAUUAUAUUGGCAAGAUAGAUUUAAAAGCACUGUACGAUUGGCACAAACCUCGGAUCCAAGCACUGGUGGAGGCUGGUGUCGACGUCGUACUUUUCGAGACGAUUCCUUCGGUCGACGAGGCUGACGUUUUGCUAAACAUACUGUCCGAGUUUCCAAAUCAAAAAGCGUGCUUGUCAUUUUCGUGUAAGGAUAGCAUACACUUAAGUCACGGAGAGACAUUUGCAAGCGCUGUUGAAAAGUUUUGGUCUAGUGAUUCCAAAAAACAGUUGAUUGCUAUUGGCGUAAACUGCAUGGACACAAAGCUUAUCACACCACUUUUAACGUCCGUAAAAACUGAAAAUGUUGAUUUUAUUGCCUAUCCAAACGGCGGUGGCGUAUGGGACGCUGUUAAAAAAUGUUGGGAUAACACUCAAAAGUAUCAAAUUUCCGUUGACGAUCUGAACUUGUGGAGUAAAAAAGGUCUGAAAAUAUUUGGAGGUUGUUGUAACACCGAUGCAACUGAAAUAUCGCGUUUUAGAAACUUGAUUGACAACUUACCUUCCUAGCAAUAAAUUUGAAUUAUUACUAAUUUUUGAUUUAAUAUUAAUUGUAAAUUAUUCGUUUGAAUUUAAAAAUGAUUAUGUUACAGUAUUUGUUUAUAAAAAAUAAAAAAUGCGUCGGUUGGAAUUAUCAAUUAGGUAACUAUUUGUGACGUAUCUAUGUUUAAUGUUUAUGAUUACUUCACUAAACAACAUGAGAUAGUUCAAAUGAAAUAAAACUUUGUUUCGGUUGAUUUAGUUGCCUACCUUACAUAAAGACCUAAAAAUUGUAACAGUUACCAAUUAGACAAACAAUAAUAUAAUACAACUGCCAUCCUAACAAUUUAGUCUCCCGUCUAUCACUAUACGUACUCUUCCUGACGAACCAACACGCCGCCGCAAAAGACAUUGGUAUCUAUUAAAUUAAUAUUAUUAAAAUUAUUAAAUAAAUAAAUUAUUCUGUAGGGUUCCGUCACUGGAUAAUUUCUUUCAUCAUGUGCUUAUUGUAUUAUUUUAUGCUAUGUAUAUGUAUACAGUCUUUGUUUUUA